UCUGAGCUCUUUCCCUCUCGGUCUCAAACGAUCUCUCUCGGCUGCGGAAGAUCCAUAUCUUUCUCCAACGCUCAUUCGGAUAAUCUCCCCGCACGGAAUUCGGAGCUCCAAUUGUUGGAAUCAGGAUUGACUCUUCGUUGUAGAUUCGAUUGCAUCGUGCAUCGUCGGUUGAUUUCGGUUUUCACGGUGGCGUUUGCGGUUAUUGGCGAUGGAGAAAAUGAAAGGGAUUGGAAACUGAGGGUUUAGUCGUACGGAGAUGGAAUACAUAAUCAGGAGCCAAGGAAGAAUCAGUGCGCUUCUGCACUUGUUAAGCAUAUCAGAGCUCCUGUUCCUUUUUUAAUCAAUCAUACUCUAUUCUUGAUUCUUGUUGAUUGAUUAUACCUUUUCUGUUUUAGAUUUGGUAGUUUCAUUUUUUUAAAUUUAGUUUUAGGUCUUUGAAUUGAUGGUUGAACAUGAUGAGUGAUGAUCUAGUUGUUUGUAUCUGAUAUUGAUAUUAUGAGUUGAAGAGUUUGGCUAUGGCAAUGUGUAAUGCAGAAUUUAGAAACUAUUUUGAUUGAAUUGAAUGAUUCUGCCAUGAUUCUUUUGGAAUUGUUUAUUUAGUGUUUUAUUCUUUUUGUUUAGGUAUGGUCUUUGGUAAGAAGAUUUGAUCAACCUGAGAAAUAUAAACCAUUCGUGAGCAGGUGUGUGGUGAGGGGAAACCUUGAGAUUAGGAGUUUAAGAGAAGUUGAUGUUAAGUCAGGGGUUCCUGCUACAAUUAGUACUAAAAGAUUUGGAGUUUACAAGGAUGGUGCAAAAUGGUCGAUGGAGAACACUCGCGUCAAAAUUAAAGGAAGAAUCUAAACAAUUAGGGAGCCUUAGAAGUGAAAGUUUGGCAAAUAUAAUUGGUUGUUGCUAUGAAGGGGAUGAGAGGCUUCUAGUGGCAGAGUUUAUGCCACAUGAAACUCUGGCUAAGCAUCUCUUUCAUUGGGAGGCUGAUACAAACCAGAAAAUACAAAUACAGGUUCCAUCACAUGUUCUGUUGGGUCUCUAGAAUGAAAUUGGUCACAACAUCGAUGCUGCAGUUGAAAGAUAAGUGAUUCUCUAACAUUGCACUGAUUUAUCGCCAUAGUUACUACUUCUAGUUUAUAUUUUAUCAUGAUAUAUCUCUGUUGUUUAGAAUUCGAUCGCCUUCGUUGGGUGAGUCAAAUUAAGGAUUAUAGCUCACCGACAUCUUCUCUACAAAAGUUAUAGUCAUCAGAACCUUCACCUGAGUUGUUUAGCCUGUGACACUAGAUCGUAGCACUCCAAGAUAAGUGAUCCUUACUCAUUGCUCCAACAGUAUUGGUGAUGUAUGUAGUGUCUCGAAGAUGUCACGUAAGCAUGUUGUAUCUUGUAUUUUUUUAAUGUAGUGUUGUAUAGGUAUUAGUGUAACAGUUACAUUUAACUCAUAUAUGAGACAAAAUUGUUGUUAUUAAAAUGUUGUUAUGUGUUAUAUUAUUGUUGUGAUUAUGUGUAGUAUGUGACUAUGCUGGCGUGUGAUAAUGAUGAAAAUAUUAAACCAUGUCGCAUGGCUGAUAAAUCGAAAUGUUGUGACUGCUGUACCAAAUGAUGCAGGGCGGAACCGAUUUAUACAGCUGCUGUACCAAAUGAUGCAGGGGCUGAACAGAGUCAUACAACUGUUGUACCGAUGAUGCAAGGGCGAAACCAAGUCCUACAACUGAUAUACUGAACAUUGCAGGUGCUGGCUGAAUCAGAUAUUAAACUAUGUUGCAUGGCUGCUAAACCGAAAUAUUGCGACUGUUGUACCAAAUGAUGCAGAGCAGAACUGAGUCAUACAAAGGUUGUGCCGAAUGAUGCAGGGGCUGAACCAAGUCAUACAACUGUUGUCAAAACUGACGAAGCAAGAGUGUACACUCCCUUUACUGUUAUAACAUGUUUAGUUAUAGUGUGAUUUGGUGGUGUUGUUACUGCUACUUUCCUUAAUUUAUUUAUAGUUGCAGAAUCUCAUUUAGAUAAAGGUGCUAUCAGGAUCUAGAAGACAGUGAAGAUCUUUAUACUUUUAUUUUUGGGAAAUAUACAUUUGUUGUAGUUGCCACAAGAUCAAGGAGGAGGUGAGAGUAAUUUAAUAUAUAUUUAAGUUGAACUAAUAAGUUACUAUAAUGCUAAUUUGAAUCAAUAUUUCUUACAAUAUGAAUCUAAUGUUUAUUAAUCUUUUAUUACAGACUUGACUUUUGUAGUCUAUGAUUGAGCCAACUAUGAUCCAAAAGGUUUGAAUCAAUUGGGCUUCACCCUAAAUUGUUAUGCACUUAACUUAUUUUCAUUUUAAUAGUAACAUAUACUUUUUUUUUUGCUAGAUUUUGGGUUGGGAUAUUAUUUUUUAACUGUAGAAAUAGGAAAUAAGACAUAAAAGGGGAUACAUAUUUAGUUGUGUUUACAUAGUGGAUUUAUCAAUUAUGUACAAAUUUAAUAGAUAACGAAUUACAUUAUAACUUACUUAAUGAUUUUGAUAUCAGGUUUAAAAGACCCUCAUUUGAAAAUCCCAAAGUUAUUCAUCUCAUCCAUUCAAAUUUUAUUCAAGCCUGCAACAGCAUAACUUAGCUGGUUCUGCGUCAUUUUGAGAAGUCAUCUUUAACUGUUUUCUGGUUUCUAUCUUGUGUUUUUGUGAAGAUGCAGCGGGUUAACAUUGCUCAUUGGUUCUCUAUUGAAGUGUUUUAUGAUCCUAAUGUUGGAUUGCUGCUUUAUCAUUUGAUUGUUGCAAUUUAGGGUCUUAAUUUCUGGUUGAAUUAUCAUCAUAGAAUGUGUAGGACUAUUAGUAAUCAUCAAGAAAACAACUUUUCUUAGUUA